AUGAUUGAUAGGGAUGAUGUCUGGUCCGACUUGGGCAGCAAUGACGAUAAGAUGUAUAUGAUUACUCCUCCUGUGUACGCGCCUUUGCCGAUGGCGUUCCCUUUGCCGGCUGCGGAUGAACUCGCAAUUUCUCCGACCCAGAGCUCCAGUAUGCUCACCUGCAAUUCGCAGUUCAGCAAAAAGUUCCCAAUUGUAUACCAAGGUCUUUGUAAGGGUCUGAUAGAUGUGCGGACGCUGCUUGCGUCUGAGUUGGUGAUUCCGAUAAAGGAGACUGUGGAGGUGCGGCGCAAUGUGCUGCGUUGUAAAAGAGGUGUAGUUGGUGCUGUGUCAGAUCGGCUACGUCGGGUUUUGAAAGGUCGUUUUCCUGAUCCGUCGAUUGCGUCCAAGCUGUCACAAAAGGUCGCGACUACAAUCUGGGAAAAGUUAGAACGAAGCAUCCAGGACGCGGAAGACGAACGCACGUUUCUGCAGUGGCUGCUGAGGAUUGAUGUCAACACCGACUCCGACUUACGGAUGUCUCUCAGCCAGUCGGACUCCAACGACCGACACACGAUCAUUACACACGUCGAGGGCUCCAGUCAUGUCCGGCGCCAGAAAGGAGAAUUGUUCUCACUCAUCUCAAUCGACCACCUCGAAAUUAGCAUCGACGCCAGCAUCAAGGCUCUCUUUCUCAACACAGGACCUCUCCUAGCUAUGAACAGAGACCCUCAGAUGAUAGACUACGUCCGUACAGGCGACAACCGAUUCGCGAAACGACUCAUAAUGUACUAA